GUGAGUCUUAGAUUGAGUCUGUAGGUUUGUCUGUAAGGGGUUAUAGUCUACGUGGUGAGGUUUGGAACCGCUAAUCUGGUUGUGCACUGACACCAUGGUUGAGACCCGUAGUGGGACGAGCACUAGCCCCUACACCCAGGAACAACAAGAGAAGAUGGCCGCCUUAGUGAGAGAAAACAAAGAGAGGAAAGAGCUCCAGAAACAGGCGAAGCUAAAGGCUAUUGCAGAGGAGCAGGCGGCAAAGAUGAAGAAUCUGGAGGAGGAGAUGAAGAGAGUUCAACAGGAGGAGGAAGAGAGGAGAAAGCCUGCCGACGAGGAAGCAGCAGCAGAAGAAGCAAAAAAGAGGAUGCGUAUUGAGAGUAGAGAGGGGAGCAGUGGCACAAAAAAGGAUGGAGACGCAGAGAUGGAGAAAAAGAUCAGCGAGUGGGUCGCUAAUUUAUCAUUGGGGGAAGACAAGGAGGCGGAGUCUUAUGUGCCACAGGAUGAGAGAGAUGCGUUAGCCAGGGAGCUAAUGGCAAUGGAGGAUCCCAUGGAAUGGCGAGAAAGAGAAGAGGAACAGAAUUAUAUUAGCCAUAGGGCGCUGAAGAAGCUGAGGCUAGGACUGAAAGUCCAAAAGUUAGCAGACCCUAUAGUCAGUGUCCUCGCGGACAACCGCACGAUGCGAGUUGAGGACUACGUACAGGGAGUCCAUGCGUAUUUCCGCGUAGAGAAGGAUGGGAAGGUGGAGAAAGUUCUCCAUUCCCUGACUCUCCUCGUACAGGAUGACCUUCCUUUCGACAUAGUGUUAGGAAUGGAUUGGGGAGAGGCAGCAGGGUCCACACUCCACUUGAGAGAGCAUGAAUGUAGGCUCCCUAGUCCGUUAGGCGAGGUUAAGACUGCCCGCCUGUUUCAUGUGUCAGGUGUAGACAACACCUUGGCACAUUGCUGUCUCAGUGCUCCCACGUUUGUGCAAUUAGUGAAGAAGGAACGAUUAGAGGAACAGGUUUUUGUAGUUUAUGUUAGACAUGUCACCGAGGCUAAGGAAGAGGUGAAUUCCAUAGAUCCAACGAUAGCCAAGCGGCUGGAAGAGUUCAAAGAUUUGACUGAGUCACCGACAGGAGUAGUGCCGCGACCCAUCCAGCACACGAUAGAGAUAGAGCCUGGCAGUAGAACUCCUAAGGGAGCAGUCUACAGGAUGUCCCCUAGAGAGUUAGAGGAGUUACGCAAGCAGUUAGACGAACUCCUCGAGAAAGGAGAGGCAUCGUCGAGACAGACACAAUUAUCGGGGUUGGGGAGGUUGCAAUGGUGUGGAAGGGAGGCAUUGAGGGGGAGCAAAUUGGGCUCGUGGGCUGUAAUGGCUAUGGCGUUGUGGGCCUUGGUUGUGAUGGUGGAUGUGCCGUUGCCUGUGGAGGGCACCCAUUUUCGAUAUGGCACUUUGUACUGGCACCAUACGAGGGGCAUGUGUGUGGCCUUCGUGAUGAAGACCGCCUUCCGACGGAACUACAACUGGGGUCAAUACUUUAGAGAGGAGUACAGGAUCGAUAGCGGCCCUUGGAUACACGGAGGGUCGUUCAUUGGGACCAAAGAGAACCGGAAAGCCUUUGAGAACUUUACCAAGGAGCCGGAGGAGGUGUACAUCAAGCGGUACAAGCUCCGAUUUGGGGUGGGAAUGCGGCAAGAGGGGUAUCCAAUGACCCCCAAGGGUAUCUGCAGCAGCCCCUUUCACAAAGGGUGGAACCGGACCUUUCCCAUGCACCCAUGGGGCGAGCUGGACCCACCUGGGGCAAACUUCGACAAGUACGUGUGUGCUCCUUGGUCGGAGACUUUCGGCUUCUUCUUUGGCGAUGACACCCCAGGCUCGGCGGUGGAAGUGGACAUCACCAACAUCGACACCAGUCUGUCGCUGGUGGGCAAUGUGCUCAGAGGCACUAGCAAGCCCAUCGAGCACUGCUACAACCGGCCUGUGGCACCGGACGGCCAACCCUGGCUGGCUUUCUUCACGGGCGGCGACCGGAUUGACAACCUGAACAACAACGCCAAUGGCCGCUACAGGCUGGAGAUCGAGGUGUCACUGAACAUCACCAAUGGUGUGAUCAACACUUCCCCCAUAGCUACACAGAUCCCGGUGCUUCCCGUGCCCUAUACUGACUCUCCCAGCCAUGCUCGGUUUCAAAUAGCCGCGUACGACCCGGAUGUGGGCGAUGUGACCCACUUCCGGCUGGGCGACUCGUUCGAGCAUGGAGCGUUGAUGGCUCACAAAAUGGUGGAUGGGAAGCUGUUUCGAAAGGGGGUGAAGUCUUGGCACCAGGACGUGUACGAGAACUAUGCCUGCAACAAGCUGAGAAGUGCAUAUGGUCAACAAAUUGGUCCCAGGUGGUGUCCCAACUUCAACGAGACCAGCUGGCUGGUGGACGAGAGCAUAAUGCCUUGGAACAAUGCCACUUUCUACCCCGGACCCCCUCCAGACCUGGACAUAGACAGAUACACCGGAUUCGUGACUUUCAGAACGGGGAAGGACCCAUGGACGGCCUCCACUCCAGAGCCUCUGGGAGCUGCUCCUGCGCAGCAGCAGUCAUACAAGCCCAAGCUUCCGGGGUUCUACAACCUAGUGGUGAUGGUGCUAGACGUCAGCCAUGGGGGGCUCAAAGUGCCCAUCGACUUCCUGCUCUACCUCUACCCCUCCAUGCACUACUGUUCCAUUGACUGCAACAACACUAAGCCAGGAGUGGCCAGGCUAUCCACCUUCGAGUCGUUCAACGGGCUGUAUGGCGACCCCCGGCAGGACGAUGCAGAGCACCUGGUCUACGAUAGCCCUGGCACAGGCUUCUGUGCCCUCUGUGGAGGGGGAGGGCAGGUGGUCAAUAGCUCGGGCCAGGUGCUGACUCAAUUUACGAGUGCCCCUGAGGUCCUGAACAUCCGGUACCAUCCCAUCAACCUUGAGAACGGGACCAUGUACUGCCACCUCCAGGAAAAGGUGACUGGGCAACCCCUAGAGACGGGGGACCCCGGCCACAUGAGAGGGAAGAAGGCUGCUGGGUACACAUGCGAUGGGGGCAUACCUUGUAGCGAGGCAGUGACUUCCACCGCCGUGGAAAUUGGCGAGGGCACCUGCAUGGGCACCAGGGAGUACAUCAACGGGGAGGAAUCAGUCAAACCCUAUGGGGGCUCGUUGACUGUGUGCAGACUGAACACAAAGCCGUACUUCUUGACCAAGGACACAGAGCCACCCGGCCCUACCCCUGCCAUGGGUCCGGUUGUCGUUGGGCCAAACAACUUGACGGGGAUUAGGGAGCCAGCCGUGGUGAGGCAGAAGGUAGGGGAGAACGUGACCUUCACUCUGCGUGCCACAGACGAUGACGAGUGCGUGGAGCUGGAGAUCGGUGAGACGGGGCUGUACCCCGGCAUGUCCCUCAGCGACCAUGAACGUCUGGACCCCUGGACAGUGCAGCGGAACUUCACCUGGGCCGUCCAGCUGGGGCCUCUGGGCAAUGAUAUCAGAGACCGAGAUGUGCUGGUGUGUUUCUAUGCCUUUGACAAGUACCUUAUCACGGCAGACCCCUUCCACUGCGUGCGUAUCCUGCUGACAGAGCCGUCGAACGUGAUCUGGUGCGAGGACUCGAUUCCCUACGGUGACACUCCUGCCACCUUUGAGGCCUACUACAGGGAGGAGUCGUGCAUUCCCCUGUGUGUGAGACGGGAUGCCGUGGCUUACCAGGCCAGCCUUGCGAUCAGGACCAUCAGCGACAGUGCGGCGGUCCAAUACCCCUUCCCCCAUGACAAAGUCAACUACCCGUCCACCGGGCAACUUUUGGACUUCCGAGGCACUCACAAUGUGACGGCACGCUACUGUUUCACCCCCACAGAAGGUUUCGAGUGCACCUACACAGUGUGCUUCCAGGGCUUUGACAUGAACCCAGGCUCCAACGACGCGACCAGCAUCCGGUGUUUCCGCAUCGAAGUGCUCAACGACGUGCUGCAGGUGGAAUUCACUCCUCCUUACAACGGGGCCUCGGCUGUGGCCCCGACCCUUAGCAACUCCAUCCUGCCCAACCGGGGCUUGACUUUCUCUGCCUGGAUACUUCCUGGCUGCGACCGCCGUGGUGUCAAUGAGACGGUCCUCCACUUUGGUUCCGCCAAGACUGGGAACUCUAGCGUUGGCAAUGUCAGGGUCCGGAAUGCUAUCGUCUGGAACAUGGGCACCCAAGGCGGCAGGUUCCUCUACUUCGAUGGCCAUAUCGGGGAUGUGUUUAGCCCUCCCUACUACUCUUGCAACCUAUGGCAUUACGUCGUUGUCAGCAUUGCUCCCAACAACUCCGGAAUCCUGGUUGUAGACAACACCAAACGCGGGCAUCGUCUAAACAACCGACGGGAUGUGUACAAGUUCAGCAUCACACCUUUCGAGACCCCUUCGCGUCCCGACAAUGGGAUUGAUGGCGACGAUGAUGGGUACUUCAACAUUGGUUAUUUCCCAGGCCAACCCUUCUUGGGAUCUGUGGACGAGGUGCGAGUGUGGAACAGACCUCUCACUCUUGACGAGAUCCGCGAAAAGAUGUUUCUUAGGCAACUGGACCCCAGCACGGAACGCAACCUGGUCGGCUACUAUACUAUGAGGCCAUCACCUCCCAUCCUCGUUCCUUGGUAUUCCCUUAUGAGGUACAGGUACAUGCAAACUCCCAACCACACCAUGAGGGAGGGCUUCCACGAUUUCUCUGGGCACAACCACACCCUCAUCCCCACCCAUCCACGGCAAGGGAUCAUGGCUGCCUACGGGGCACAAGCCGCCAUCCCCUCUAUGAUUCCUUGUGUCAUGGGCCUCGAACACCCGGUCGGUCCCUGUCAUGGGGACUGCCCCAUGGACGUCUAUGGCUGGUCCAUCGCUGCUAGCCAAAUGCUCAAGUGCAGAUUCGGAGACGUCGAAGUCGAGGGUGUAUACGAAGAUGAUCGCACAGUCAGAUGCAGCUCUCCAGGCUACUUCUCCCCUCGCUAUGUCGACGUCACUCUUAGCAACGAUGGCUAUCGCUUCACUAACCCUGACGACAUUGGCAAGAGGACCCAGCAUCUAUACCUUGAAUCCACUUUGUACCUUGAUGGAACAAAGAACGCUGGAGCCUCAGCAGAUGGUGUCUGCCAGGACCUGCCCUCCUCUGCUGUCACCUUUGGAGGAUGGUUCUGUCCACGCUCUCCUGCUCCUGCUCCUGCUCCUGCUCCUGCUCCUGCUCCUGGCCCUGUCUCUGUGGUGACGGCCCUCCUGCUCACGCUUCUGGAUGGGGACACUACAUGGAACGAUUACGGCAAGAAGGUCACCCCAUCACUGUGUCACUCUUGAGGAGGCAUGGGUGUGUGUGUGUGUGUGCGCUUGUGUGUGUGUGGUUGUGCUUGUGUGGCUGUGUGUGUAUAUUAUGGCACGUUCACAACAAAAAUCGUGUGUGUGUGUGUGUGUGUGUGUGUGUGUGUGUUCGCGCGUGGUCACACAUAAGCACAGAUACGGUGAGGAGGUCUUGAGCAAGGGGAAAAGAGAUCAAGAAGAAAUCCCUUUUGUUGGAUUUACGUCUCACCGCGCCUGGAGGAUGAAUUACUGCUGAUCAGUCUAUCGGUACUAUUCGGUAGUAUCGGAUCAAGUCACGUGGUGCAAACCUGUUCGUUGGUGACGACGCCUUUUCGAGCGAGACGAUGCUGAGGCACACACACUGUUGUCGCCACUUCCAUAAAGGCCUGUCCAUUUUUUCUGAGGACGACGGCUUUGACAAAUAAUCUCAGCGAACUGACUGACCCCAGGGCAAAUCUGAUUCCUUGAAUUUCCUUCAGGAUUCGAACUCAGGUCAGUUUAUCCAUGGUUUGAAGGGUGUACCAGUCUGGUCCAGUCAGCCACAUGCGCGGCGGGGUACUUUGACAGAGGCUUGUUUUCAGUUCCAAUGGACUUUCUGAGUCUGGAAACCGCAAACACAAUCGGCAUUCGACGCCUAAAUCUUGAAGCACUUUGAGAUUUUUUUUUUGUUGCCGUUACAGCUGGGUAUACAUGCAGUUCAUGGGAAUCCAUAAACAGCGUAAAGCUGCAGUGUUAUAACCAGUUUUCGCACCUAAAUUUUGGCGCUUAGAAUGGUCAGGGGAGAUUUGUAAAGCUGUGUUAAAAAGGAAAUGGGGCAUUUUACACUGAGUUAUGCUCAAGUCAGGGUACUUGUAUUUAUGUGCCAAUAGGUAGAAUCUGAUGCGGUGGUGAGAAGGGAGGCAAAUUCAGUCCUUAGUGUACAUUGUAGGCUGCUUAGACCCGGAGGGAAAUUGCAUGCUCGGUAUGUGUUCUUUUACGGGAUCAGGGUCCCAGUCCCACUAUCCCAGUGCAACUGACCUCAAAGUUUCCAUGGGACUGGGACCUUAACGUUUCCAUUUGGACUGGGGCCUAAAAGAAGUUCACAUUCAGUUUUUUGGGACUGAUGACUUGGUCUUUACUUGAUAGUUUACAUUGGGACUGGCACCUUUCCUCUGGUUCUUUUGACUCAGUCGAUAACCAUCAGUUGCAUUUGAGAGGGCUCGUGUUUAUGUAGCUUAGCAGCUUCAGAGAGAUGCUAUUAGUUUGGCUCCAGUGUUGGGGGGCAGCUGAGCCUCCCUAGCUUAAUCUGAGGACACUGCGAGUACAAGGUGAAGUCUCAGUUCCAAAUCU